UGUAAUAUUUCUAUAUCCGGUAUCUCAGUUAUUAGAACUGAGAAAUUUAAACAUAUGGGAAAACCCGAGCUUCAUUCCAAUUUGACGGUCUUAUUCGAUAAGUUCAACAGGAGAUAAACAAACAAGACAUCAUAAGAAAACAGUCAUGGUGGUGGGAUCGGAUGACAGGCCUACUGCUGAUGUCGUGUUCGUGGUGGAGGGAACUGCAAAUCUUGGGGGAUACAUCGACACUUUGAAAGACCAUUAUAUCGUCCCCACUUUAGAAGUUUUCAAUGGAGGUCCCCCUGAUCCGACAGAUUAUGGACAUGAUUAUAGCUGCACUCUUUACAACUUGGUCACAUUUUACUCUGCGGACAUCCUCCCAGACUCUGCAGCUCGCUGUUCCAAUCUGACAACGAACAUCCAUGAGUUCCUGACCUGGCUAGAUAGCAUUCCUUUUAUUGGUGGUGGAGGGGAAACCUACAGCCACAUAGCGGAAGGAUUGAGCACAGCUUUACACGUGUUUGAUGACAUAGCGGAGAAAAGAAAUAACCCUGGUUUACCAGUGAAACAGCACUGCAUACUGGUAUGUAACUCCCAGCCUUACCAGCUACCUAGUCAGGAGGGCACCCGCUACCUUGGAUACAUGGCUGAUCAACUGGCACACAAGAUGGCCCAGAGGAAUAUUAACCUGUCUAUAGUAUCCCCUCGGAGGCUGUCAGCGUUACAGAGGCUUUACGAGGAGUCCACCACCCCCGAGAUCAGCAUGGUUUCAGCCAAGGAGUACACUAUAGACCCGCGCCAUCUUGUUCUGUUACAUGGCUACCAACUGGAAGAAAGAUCUCCCAGUCCAGCCCCAGAACAAGACAAGACAGCAUCUGUUCUGAGCCCAGGAACACAUCAACUCUCCCCAGCUCCUCCAAUGACGACAUUUGUGGACCAGAAUCCGGGUCCCUUUAAAGUUCCUUCAACAGCACUCCCAGGUAAUACAUCAGGUCCAGGGAUGUCCCAGUUGCCACCCUCCCCCCACAGUCAGUCUAUACCCAUCCAGCAGCAGCAGCAACAGCAGCAGCAGCAGCAGCCACUUAACAUUGCACAGCAGAUGCAGCAUAACCAGCCCUCACAGCAAGUUCGGAUGGUUCCACCUAGUCAGCUUGAUCAACAACACAUGCAGCAGCAGCAACAACAACAACAACAACAACAACAACAACAGCAGGCACAGCAACAGGCACAGCAACAGGCACAGCAACAGCGAUUGAUGCAACAGCAACAACAGCAACAACAACAACAGCAGCAACAACAACAACAACACACUUUACCCCAAAGCAUACCUAGACCAACUACAACAGUGAGACCACAGGUUGACAUGCAAAACAGAUACGGUGCUCAUCCGAUGCAGCAGUCACAACAACAGACACAGAUGCCAAUUCAGGUCAGCAUUCCGUCAGCAAGCAUUAAUCCCGAUCAGAUGUCGAGCCAGGCCAUUGCUUCGGUCACUGAUGUCCCUAACCCACUGCAACCAGUCAGCCAGUCUAUGGUCCAGCAAAGCAGCAUAUCAUCGUCUGGGGGAAUGCCACAUGAUCCAACAGCCAACAUUGGCCUACCUGCUGGUGCUCAGGCAAUGACACUGCCCAACCAGGCUCCGACUGGGAUGAGGGACAGGAAGAUCAUUUGGGCAGGUCGACUUGAAUGGCAGGAAAAGAUGAAAUCUACAGGACCUGCCCCACCCAAAGUGUCCAGGUCACUGCAAUGUCAGUUAUCCAGUGGACUAACAGACCCAGUAAUCAAUGCUUCCAACUGGCCAACAGAUCUGAUCAUGCAGUUGAUACCACAGUCCUUGCUCAACUCCUCGCAGUUAACUCCCUUGUUUAAAAAAUCGAGACAGGUGGGGUUCCACUUCAACAACCACAACUUGGAGGCCCUGCGUAACCUCUACAAAGUCAUGCAGACUGGUUUUGCUGGAUGUGUGCACUUUCCCUCGAGCAGUCAGUGUGAGGUCCGCGUCCUCCUCCUCCUGUUCAGCAGCAAGCGUAAGGCUUUCAUUGGUCUAAUCCCCAACGAUCAGACGGCCUUUGUCAACGGAAUCCGCAAUGUCAUCUAUACUCACAAGGUCAAGUCGAAGAUGCUACAGCAACAACAGCAGGGCCCUCAGCCUCCACGGGGGCCAUACACCCAGGGCGUGUCUAUGGCAAUGCAGCAGAUGCAGCAACCCACUCCUAACACAAUGGCUGGCCAACAACAGGUUGCCAUGCCAACUCCACCUAAUAUGCCAAUGAUGACCCAGCAACAGAAGAUCCAGGGUGCACCAGGUUCCCAGCCUGUAAAACAGGUCACUCCUCAGCAGCAACAACAGCUGUUAGAUGAGAUGUAUUUUGGUCCUCCUCCAAAUAUGUACAGUGCUCAACGUAUACAGCAGCAACAACAACAACAGAGACUGCAGCUUCAUCAACAACAACAACAACAACAGCAACAACAACAACAGCAGCAGCAGCAACAGGCACAGCAGCAGCAACAACACCAUCACCAACAACAGGUGACAAGUCAACAGAUACAGCAGCUGUUACUGAACCAACAGCAACAAGGACAGCAGAUUCGCCAGCCUAACAUACUGAUGCAGCAGCAGCAGCAGCAGCACCCUCGGGGUCAGGCACCGAUGCCCCAGGGGCAACAGGGGGCAAUGGGUGGGGGCCCAGCCAUCAUGCAGGGAGGGAUGCCGCAGAUGACACAGCCUGGUCCAGCAUCAGGACCAGCAAGUCAGAACCUUUUUGAAGAUCUGAGCCUGGAAGGAUUUCUGUGAGAACCAUCUGACCAGUAAAGCCACGAAGUUACAGCAGUGAUAAAGAAAGAGACUGACCAUUUCAGUUACAGGUUGACCAUGAUGAAAAUAAUGGUCAUUGUUUAAGGUCAGAUAAAACUACCAUGAAGAAAUAAACAGCUGUAUUAAUUGUUGAGGUCAAUUUUAUGAAUGACAAUGGAUAAAUAGAGUUUACUAUGUGGAAAAGCUUGAAAACAUUGCUUUGAUAUCAGCAAAACGCUUUUUUGCCAGCUAUUUAGUUUAACAAUAUUUGAUGAUAGUGACAUGAGUUAAACACUGCUUCAUGAAUAUGACCUAAGGUCAACAAAGGUUCAUUAACAUGACAUGUGACCAAUACAGGUUGAUGCUGGUAGAAAGGUCAACAAAGGUUCAUUAACAUGACAUGUGGCCAAUACAGGUUGAUGCUGGUAGAAAGGUCAACAAAGGUUCAUUAACAUGACAUGUGGCCAAUACAGGUUGAUGGUAGAAUAAGGUCAACAAAGCUUUAGAUGGUAAAAUGAGGUCAAUAAAAUAGAUGGAGGUUGGUGCUUCAUUGAUCCAUAAAUCUAAAA